UCUCCAGAUCAGAGAUCCUGAAGACAGAAGACCAGAGCUGCAGGAGCAUAAGACAGAGCCGCAGACCUCAGGGAUCCCUGGUCCAGGCCCUGCCCUUCAUCCCUGGCUCCCGUUGAGUCAUUUCAUCACGCUGAAAAUGUCCUUCCUGGAGGAGAACGCAGGAGUGAAGAUGGACUCUGGAGACCUGGAGAGAGCUGAACCCCAGUGCAGCCCAGAAGAUCCAGCCAGCGGUCCCCUGGAGCCAGGCCCGAGUCUCGCCUCUCUGAACUCUGCACAUGCAGGUCCAAAAAUGGUGACCCAAGUCCCAGAGAAAUUCACCAUUCGUGACCAGGACAACAAGGUAGUGGUGCUGCACUCUGAGACUCUUAAAGCUGUUCCAGAUAAAUACCACAGAUGCCCAGAGAUCUUCUUUUCCUUACCUGCUCGCUUUAGCUUGGCUGAUGAGCAUGAGGGAAAUCCAAUUUUCUUGGCGGUCUCCAAAGGAAAGCGCUGUCUCUGCUGUGAGAUGGACAGUGAAAGAAGCCAGCCGGCCCUCCAGCUGAAAGAGCAGAGUCUUGAUGAAUUGACUACCUGGCAGGAAGAAGACUCCAAGCCCUUCGCAUUCUAUAGGGCAGAGGUGUGUUCCUGGAAUACGCUAGAGUCGGCUGCCUACUCGGGGUGGUUCAUCUGUACCUCCUACAAUUCGGAUGAACCUGUUAGAAUGACAAACAACCGUGGGCAAAAGGAACACACUGAGUUUUCAUUUGAGCCAGUCGAGUAUGAUAAAAUGAGCCCCAGUGAGAUCAGGGAGUAGGAAGCUCUUUUACUCUCUGAAUAUCCUCCCCCUGCCAACCCCCAGUAGUUUUCACUAUAGAAUUUAUGUUCUGGGAUUACAACUUGGUAUUGACUAAGUACAGGUACUUGCAUAUAUUUAUCCCUGCAAUAAAAACCUUAGCUUAAUUAUCCAUCAGUAUCUAUCACUUCACAGUAAAACUUUUCUUUUUUUCCAUUGGUCUCAAACAGUGUAGCUUUCACACAGUCUGGUUAAGGAAGUGACCACCACUGUGUGAGGCAUUUUGCCUUAAGAAUGGAUAGAGUCACUUUGUGAAUAGCUCCUGAACAGCUGCAUCUGACACUGUUGCAUCCAGAGUCACAAAAUACAGUGUCUCUUGUUCUGCAUCUGCAGACACCUAAGGAGUUGCAUUCAUCUCACAAGGCACCCCUGCAGUUUGCUUCCUACUCUUGUGUCCUGUGAUGACUUUUCUAUGCCAACAAGAUGCUUAAACUAAGGAUGAGAAUUAUUUGGAGCAAGAAUCUACAUAUGAGAUAAUUUUUGUUAUCUUUGUUUUAAAAAAACACAAGACGACAGGCCCAAAUGUAAUUGAUUAGGCUAAACCACCCUCCCACCGCCACCAUCACCAAAUGGUCUCAAACUUGCUCAUCAGGAAUCCCCUGGUCAACUCUAGGCAGGUGACCUGCCUGAUAGGUCCCUUCCAUCCCCCAAAGGAAGUGACCUGGCCAUAACCUACCUGCUUUUCUGCCCAGUGUAACUUUCUCGUCCCCACUGCCUCCUGCCGAUAAUAGUCUUUCCUUUUGUCCAGCCCCCUGGAGCUCCUUUCUGUGUGCUGGAUGUGAGGCUGGCCAAUUCGAA